AUGGCAGGUAUGAAUUUGCUCGUCUCCCUUUUGGGAUUCCUUGUGGCGGUGAAACACAUCCAGACAGCGGAUCCUUCUUUUCAAGAUGUCACAGAGAAGCUGAAAACAACAACUCUUCUGGAAAGUGUGAAGGAUGCCAAGCGGCUGGUUGAUGCAUCCUACAACCAGACUCAAGAGAGUUUGAAGGAAAGACUGAAGAGAGAAACCCUCAGCCCCGCAGACCUCUUUGCAUUGUCUAGGCAGCCCAGUGAAAAAUCCAGAGAGGCAAUCAGAGCUGCUGAUUACCUGCACGUCACCCUUGAGCUCCUGAAAGAGAAGCUGAAGGAGGAGAUCCUAGAGGAUUUUAAACUCCACGAUGUUCUCACAUCAGACCACAUGCAAACCAUCUGCAAGGCAUCUGGAUGUACCCAGCAAGAGAAGCCUUCAUGCGACUGCGAUGAGAAGAGUCCCUACCGGACAAUUACAGGCGAAUGCAAUAACCUAAGAAGCCCUGUUUUGGGAGCCUCGAACCGGCCUUAUGUCAGGUGGCUUCCCCAGGAGUAUGAAGAUGGCGUCUCUGUCCCACGCGGCUGGACGGAAACAAAGCAGUAUUCUGGAUUUCCUUUGCCCUCGGUCCGGGCCGUGUCCAAUGAGAUUGUCAGCUCGCCCAGUGACAAAUUCACCGAGGAUCAGCAGCGAUCCGUCAUGUUCAUGCAGUGGGGCCAGUUUACCGACCACGAUUUAGAUCUGGGCCUUGCGCAGAAUACGGGGGAUUGCAGCAGGACAUGUGACAAAGUGCCUCCUUGCUUCCCCAUCAAGGUACCUCUCAGUGACCCCCGGAGUAAGAACAUAAGCUGUCUUCCCUUCACCCGGGCUGCCCCAGUAUGUGAUGGCAAGUUUGCCAUUCGAAACCAAAUCAAUGUGAUCACGGCCUUUCUUGAUGGCAGCCAGGUGUAUGGAAAUGAAGUAGGAGUGGCAGAGGCUUUGAGGGGAAAUGGCGGUUUGAUGGCCGUAAACCAGUUAAAAGAUAAAGACUUGGCUUUCCUCCCCUUCCAAACCAUUAACCAAUCAACUUUCUGCCUUCGAACAGAUCCAGAGCACAAAAUCCCCUGCUUUUUUGCAGGGGACAUUCGGGUGGACGAAAUGCCAGCCUUGACCGUGCUGCACACCCUUUUCCUGCGGGAGCACAAUCGCCUGGUCACCGAGCUGAAGAGGCUAAAUCCGCUGUGGAAUAAAGAGACCCUGUACCAGGAGGCCCGGAAGAUCGUAGGGGGUGUCAUGCAGAAAAUUACAUACAACGAUUACCUUCCUGAACUUUUGGGAGCCCCUACUGCGUCAACCCUGAAACGCUAUCAGGGCUACAACUCCACAGUGGACCCUCGAAUCUCCAGCGUCUUCACUAACGCCUUCCGUUUUGGACACGCUUCAGUUCGACCUGCGGUGAACCGCCUGGAUGCCAGUUAUCGGCUUGUAAGCCGAAUCCCUCUCCAGCGGCAGUUCUCGGCUCCGUGGAGUAUCGUGAGAUUAGGAGGCAUUGACCCCGUUCUGCGAGGCAUGUUGGCUAAGCCCGCCAAAUUGUUCAAACAAGACCAGUUCGUAGUGGACGCACUCAGGAACCACCUGUUUGAGCAGACUGGUGGUAUUGGAAUGGAUUUACCCUCUCUGAACAUGCAGCGUGGCCGAGACCAUGGCCUGCCUGCUUACAAUGCCUGGAGGAGCUUCUGUGGCCUCUCGCAGCCACGUAACGAGGCUGAACUUGCUGCGGUUCUCAGAAAUUCAGUGCUGGCGAAGAAGUUCAUCAGUCUUUAUGGGACACCCGAGAACAUUGACCUCUGGGUUGGGGCCGUGGCUGAACCCUUGGUACCCAACGGCAGGGCCGGCCCUCUGCUGUCGUGUAUCAUCAGCCGCCAGUUCAAGAACCUCCGUGAUGGGGACAGAUUCUGGUGGGAGAAUCCCGGGGUAUUCACCACCGAGCAACGUAGGGCCAUCAGCGCAGUCUCCUUGUCCCGGAUCAUCUGCGAUAACAGCCACCUUAGGGAGGUACCCAGGAAUGUUUUCCGGGCCAACCGAUACCCUCAAGACUUUGUCAACUGCAACGCUGUUCCUAGACUCAGCCUCUUUGCCUGGAAAAAAAAAUGAGGAGAAGCGAGUUUAGGCAGAGUGAGGUCAUCUCAAGGUAAAGAUAAUCCAGACAUGAGCAUCCAAUGACCUCAGAACGGGACCCAAUCCAUCGGGUAGUUUCCCGUGCACAAGCUCCAUAGAAACAAGUGGGAAAUGAUUAUCUGAUCCGUUUUCAGUCCUCGAUGAUUGAUAAGAGAAACCUCCAUGUACAGAGUUACUCUGCUUCUGAACACCAGAUGCUGCGGGAAAAGACGUGACAGUUCCUGGCUGGUCACCCCUCGGAAGAAAGCCAGAACUGCUGGACACUAGUAGGUUGUAUGGUCUUUUGCUGCAUAAUCCCUGAGAAGGAAAUUUCACACCCGAGAGAAAGCUUAAGAGCACUUUCCCCUGUUCUUCAUAAGAGGAAUCUUACAGCUGCUGCUGAUGGUGCCUGCCCUUCAUUGAUCAAGAGCUAGAACUGUCACAUCCAGGAAGCCGUACUUCCCUUUUUUGGUUGCUUUUGCAUCCCAGCAAGUGCAAGCAUUCACCGUGGAAAUGUCAAGGUGGAAAUGCUCCACCCCACCAAGCUUAUUGCAGCAAAUCGCCGUAUUCAAAUGGUCACAGUGUAUGUCCCUUCUGCAUCUGCAGAUGUUACAUUUCCAAAGAGUGGUUGUGUUGGUCUCUUUUUUAUCAGUGCUUAAAAUAUUGUUGUAAUCCCCUCUGGCAAA